CUUGAAGGCUGCCUGCAACAGCUGAAUCUACAGCUGAUCUACGCUUUGGUUUGCCGUUCGUAUGUUCAGGCAUGAUCCUCUGCCUUUCACGACACGACUCCUCUGGAAGCAUUUUGUGACCAUUCUGCUGAGUGUUGGCAGCCGACACUCGCUUCUGCAAGAGGUAUCGGCGCUCUCGAGUCGGCUGUCGAGUACUUUUGUCCCAGUGUCGCAUCGGCGCUCCUGCUUCAUGUGCACGACGACGGCCGGCAGCAAGAGGGUGGCUGUGAUAGGGGCCGGAGCAGGUAGGGAUUACAAAACAGCAACACCAGCCAGCGACCCAUUGUUGCUCGUGUGUGUUUGGGUUGUCGCUGCAGGUGGUCUGGUGGCGGCAAAGCUGCUCCGUGACGACGGGUUUGCCGUCAGGGUGUUUGAGUCGGCCGACCAGCUGGGCGGCAUAUGGGUGUACGACAAGGCAUCGCCACUCUACAAGUCGCUGCGGACAAACAUCCCAAAAGAGAUCAUGGCCUACUCCGACUUCCCCUUCGACGCAGGCCUCCCGUCGUUCGUCAAGCACACGGACGUCCUGGCUUAUCUGCGGUCGUACGCCGACCACUUCGCCCUUCACGACAUGAUCAGCCUGUCCACGCCUGUAGAAACAGCCGAGUAUGUGAGUGGGGAGAGCGGCCAAGGGUGGAGAAUCAACGGCGAGGAGGCCCUGUAUCCCUCGCUGUUUGUGUCUAAUGGACACUACAACACGCCGCGGUAUCCCAGGCUGGUCAAGAAUGAGUUUCGUGGCCUGGUGACGCACUCCAAGUUCUACAAAGAGCCGUCGCCUUAUGCUGAUCAGCGUGUGCUGGUGGUGGGGGGCGGGCCCAGCGGAGUAGGUAAGCAAACACACAAAACAGCAAUCAGAGGAAGGAAGGACACACGGGUCCUCUCCGCUCAUUCGUCUUCUGCCGGUGCAUCAGAUCUGGCAUGGGAGCUGCACAGCGUGGCCAAGUCAGUUGUGUGGGCCGACAGCUCAUUCGCAGACCCCGAGACGGCAGAGGCGACAAAAAGCAAGUUGCCCAGCAACGUGGAGCUGGUGGGUCGUGUGGAGGGGUUGGAGGAGGACGGGCGCUAUCUCGUGAUUGGUCCGGACGGCUCCACUGUGACGAGCGACGACCGAGUCGACGCCGUCAUUUGGGCAACGGGCUACAAAUACGGUAUGGAGGCGAUGCACAACGGUCUACGCGAUGCACCCCGCUUCGCAUAUAGCAAGACAGGCAGACGGCAAAUGCUGCACGGCCACCCGUGUGUUUGUGUCGCUGCUUCUGGCAGAUUUUCCGUUCUUUUCUCCGUCAAGCGGUCUGAUCCCGUCCACAGAUGGCUCCCCCCAGCCCCUGUUUGACUCUCUCUACGUCCAUCUGUUCCACAAGGCCCACUCGGCCAGCCUGUUCUUCCUCGGCCUGCCUGUGCGCAUCAUCCCCUUCCCCAUGAUGGAGUCGCAGACCAAGGCUGCCAUCGCCGUCAUGAAGGGACGCGUCAAGACCGAGGUGAGGCAACGCAUGGAAGACAGACAAUCGCAUGUUUGUUAUGUGGUGUGUCACGUGAUUUCUUUAUCCAUGUCAGGAUUUGGCCUCCUUGCCCGUGUUUCCCUGGGUGAUGAGCAACGAGCAGUUCCCCUACUGUGCCCUGCUGGAGCAGCUGGCCAAGGGCACACACCACUCCUUCCCCCGCUCGACCGACCCGGCCAACGACCCCACAUAUGACACCAUGAAGCUGCCGCGAGACAUCGAGCUGCGCCGCCAGAUGUAUGCCGACUCGUCGCUGGCGAAGAGGAGGGUGCCUGGCAGAUACAGAGAGAGGAACUAUCGUGUGCUGGGGGCCAAGGGGGAGGGGGAGAUUGAGUGGGAGGUGACGGAGGUGCCCGAGCCGGUGGCGGCAUGAGAAAGGGGAGGGCGAGUCUAUGGUGUCGCUCUCUGCAUGCAGUUUUGGUGAUGCGUGUGGGCGUGGUGGUAAGCAGUUUUGGGUGCGAGAGACGAGUUCUUUUGCUCGUGUGUGAUGGUGUGUCGAUAUUUGUGCUGUUGCUCAUGAAGUGCCUGCUGUAAUGCAUGUAUGGAGACUGACAUUCUUCGCCCAGUGAAGCGGCUGUUCUGGCUGACAAAUGAAGGAACAUGCACAAUC